UGAGCGCGCCUCGUUUGGCGCCAGCGUUUUCGCGGGGUUGGAGGAGCUGAAGGAAACUUCGCACUUGUGACAGUCACAGUUUUUUGUUUUGUGUAACAUCCCUCGGUUGAUUUGGUUCACGUUGCCCUGUCCGUCCAUGUUGUCUUUUGUUGGUUGUGUUCCUUUAAUAACUGUGAGGGUGUGAGGAUGAUGGCCACGGUACCUCUCUCUAGCUCCAGCCUUCUUCCUCUCCUGGAGUCUCUGGAAGAUAAUGCAGCUGGAGCAUCAGAGCAGACUGACGCUUACCUCACCAUUGCCAAUCGGCUCAGCGGAGAAGAUGGGAGACAGUUCUUUCCUAUAGUCGUAAAGCACUUUUCACGACUGGGUAAAGCUCUUCAGACUCACAUAUCCAGUGAGAAUGAGGAGCUGAGUCAGGCUGCGCUUCAAGCUUUGGGCUUCUGUGUAUUCAACACAAACAUUGUCACGGGCAUCCCAGCAAAUUUUGCAGAAGAGAUAUUGUCAGCUCUUUGUGCCCUGGUGUUAAAGUCCACAGACAAAAACACAUGCACUCGAGCGUUAUGGGUUAUCUCAAAGCAGAAUUUUCCUGCCGAAGUGGUGUCCAAGAAGACAUCAGAAAUCCUUAGGACCCUAGAUGCCAUGCAGACAAAAGACAUCCAGUCAAUCCUAAUGGAUCAUGAGUCACUUAAUGUUGUUAUAAAGCUGCUGGAACAGGCUCCCACUCAGAUGGGUGAAGGAGCAGUGUGCUGGGCUAAACUAGUCAUUCCUCUGGUAGUCCACUCAGCCUCGAAAGUGCGCCUACGUGCUGCUGCAGCCCUGGAGAUGGGACUGCCUCUUCUUCUGGAGAAGCAGCAGGAGGUGGCUGCCAUUGUAGAGCCUAUGAUGUCAUCUAAACUUAUUCCUGAAAUGCAGAAACUAUUCUCCACUAAGAAUGAAAGCAACGUGCUGAAGCUCUGGCCUUUAUUUGUCAAGCUACUGGGCAAGUUGCUCCACAAAGGGGGUGCCUUCAUAAACUCGUUGCUGUAUUUAGAAGAGCUGGGCUUCCGCAGUUCCUCACCCAGCAUUAAGAAAAUUGCCUUCAUAGCCUGGAAGAGCCUCAUUGAUAACUUUGCACUUAACCCUGACAUCCUCUGUAGCAGCAAGCGAUUGAAGCUGCUCAUGCAGCCCCUCAGCUCCAUUCUUGUGAGGACUGAAGCCCUGCUACUGACAAAAUUAGAAGUCUGGUGGUACCUUGUAGUCAAACUGGGGCCGAAUCUAGCUUCUAACUUUGAUCAGGUUGGUGUACCACUGCUGCAUAGUACACUUUCUCCAGAUGCAUCAGUGCUUCAGUGCCCCACCACUCCUGCUAGAGGCACUAGCCAGAGCAAUGGCAUCGGGCUGGCAACCCCUAAAUCAGGUGUUCCCUCAUGUAGCAGUCCUGGUGCUACCUCUCGUAGCCUCAACAGCAGCAUGAGUGUCCCCCAGUCCUACACCUCCAUCCAGCUGCUGGGACUUGAAAUGCUGUUGCACUACUUUCUAGGCUCACAGGCCACUGCUGCUGCUACUAAAAACAAACUGCAGCUCAGUCUUGAGCCUCUGACGCACAACCUCUUGAGCAGCCAAUCUUUCUUCAGCAAGCACUCCUCCACUUUCAUCUCGGCUGUUAAAACUGGCUUCAUUGCAGUGGGCAAGGAUGCUCCAGAAGCACUGCUUAGUCUGAUUUGGAAUAGCCUGGUCAACCUUGUCAGUGCCACAAUAGAAACUGCUGGCAAUAAGAAAGAGAGACAGGGUUCUGAGGUGCUUACUCUCCUACUGCAGGCACUACAGUCCAUCUUGACCUCUGAGGCCUUGCCAGCCCCACGUGGUCUGGCUUUGCUGGAAGCCACUGUGAAGGGCAUACCUCAGAAAGUGCUUGGGUCUGCAGCAUAUCAAGUAGCCAACAUGGAUGUCUUGAAUGGUACCCCAGCUCUUUUCCUCAUACUCCUCUUCUACAACAACAACCUGCUCUCAUCAUUUGUGGCUGAUGAGAGGUUUUUCCUGUGUCUUGAGACCCUUGUCAGUUGUGGUCUCUGUGGACCCACGUCCCCACUGGCCUUUGUGGAAGCAGUUUUAGGAACAGUCAGUCGCAAUGUGGAAGCUGUGGAAAACAAAGAGCAUUUGUGGCGAAUGUGGAGUGUGGUUGUGAACCCUCUGACUGAUACCAUUACACAGACAAAUGAGGUAAACCAAGGAGAUGCUCUGGAGCAUAACUUCAGUGCAAUUCACAGUGCCUUGAUGUUCCCCAUUACCCACCUUUUGCCUGGUUCUGCUCUUCCACAGAUGACUCAGAAGACUAUGUUGAGCACGUGGUCUCGAUUAUACAAGGCUUUUGCACGCUGUUCAGCUUUGGUGGCCACAGCAGAGGAGAAUGUGUGCUGUGAAGAGUUAUGUGCCAGGAUUUCUGCUACCCUGGAGGCUCAAGCCCUGAAGAAUUUGUCCACUCUUGAUGCAAUAGCAAAUAUCUUGCUCUCAGUCAUUGAGAGUGUGGAUUUCUCUCCAUUUACUGCUCGGUUUCAGCAGAAGAUGAAAUCCCCUCACACUCCUCUGGGUUGGGUCCGGAAGAGGAGUAAAGCUUUGGGGAACCUCUCAAACUUCCAUGUCCUCCUGGUGCAGUCUUUAGAAGCCUUCCUGGCUUUGAACUCUUCAGAUGAGAGCAGUGUGGUUUUAAGUGGAAUAGGUGUCAUGCUAGUCUCCAUUGUCUCUACUCUUUUCACAAACCUUUCAUUACCCAAUGUUAUCCAAGAGUCUUUGGCUACCCUCACCAAACCUCUUGCACUUCUUUAUGGACAAGUUGGAAGCUCUGAAGGUGAACCAUCAAAGUCACAUUCAGUUCUAGGAUCCAAGUUGGAGAAGCUGGUGGGUGAAAUGCUUGGCUGCCUCCAGACACGCUCUGCGCUGCAGUAUGAUGAUGAGCUGCUGGCAGUGCUGUCUCCUUUGCUCUGUGUCCUUUUCCCACACACAAGCAAGCAUAUCCGCUCAGCUGUCACUCAGUUCUGGAAUGCCACUUUUGGAAAUGCACUUGUACUGACUUACCCGGAGAUGCUCACGCCUGUUUUAAGUCAAGCUAAGCAAAAGGCUCCCUUAAUUUUACCUGGUUUUCAAGCAGUUGAAAAUGCAGAAGAUUUCAGUGGCCAGUGUUCAAGUGAGUGUUCCCAACUUGAUGCCGAAAUCAGUGGGAUGAAGAUGUCCUCAGCAGGGAAGAGGGAAUCCUUGCUGGCCAAAGCAGCAGAACUAAAGGAAAAGAGCUCUGGAACUUCCAAGCCUGUAUCUGUGAAACUAGAUUUUGGAUCUCCCAAACCUCCACGGCGAGAAGUUCUUGAGGAGGAGGCAUCAGUGGAUUUUGUUUUCAUCCCACCUGAGCCAAAGGAGAGAGUGCUGACUGAACACCAGAAAGAGGUCAAAAGGACUAAAAGGGACGACAUCCCUGCUAUGUACAAUAACCUGGAUGCCUCUUUGGAUGCUACGGUCUUUACACAGUAUACUCAGAGCCAAGAGGAAUCCAUGGACAUAUUACCAGCUGAUGAACAGCCUAAAACUACAGACACAAAUAAGAUUGAAACCAUGGAUUUAGAGAGAGAGGAAUUGCCUGCUGGGGAUGCUAAAGAAGCCCAAGAAGAAAUUUGCUCAGAGACAGAUGUACCAGAGAAAGUAACAAAUGAUGCAAACCAAGCUACUGAGAUGCCAACACCUGUAGACAUCUCAGUGGCAGAUGUCAGUGGGCCUGAGGACUCUGCUAAAAUAGACCAAAGCCCAAAUGUAUCAGGGUCAUCUGACAUGAUCUCUGGUACGCCACCAAAACCUAGCAGCCGACGUCAGUCCUUUAUCACCUUGGAGAAAUAUGCGGAAGGAAAGCCAGCCAGUCCCUUAAGUGUUACGAAAUUUACUGGCCCACUUACUAGGACUUCUUGCAGUCAGGACACCAAAAAGACACAACAGUCGACUCCAAAUGCCACUUAUUGCUCACAGCCAGAAACUGAUAAAAAGGAUGCUCAGGACUCUUCUAGAAUGAUCGCCCAGCAGUCUACUCCUCAGACUGAGGAAAAAAAAUUGGAAAUAAUGGCAGAAGUAAAGUCAGUGGUGAAAUGUUCCAGCGAAGGCACAGAAGAUGAGGACGACGUGAUUCCAGAUACCCAGACUCAAGGUCUGAAUGGAUCAGUUGAUAGUGAUCAGUCUUUGGAUAAAUCUAAUGUAGAGGUAGAACCUGAAAAAGCCUCCCUUGAGGGGAAUUCAGAGGUUCCUGCCCAAAGUUCAAGUCAUACUGAACCACGGAGGUCAGGCAGACGUAGGAGUAGGCCUGUCCGACCAGGAGAGGAUUCAGUAGAUCAGGAAUCAAAAAAUAAAUUGCAGAAAACGGAUUCUGUUAAUGAGUCUGCUUUGACUGAUGCACAGAAGCCCACAUUUACCAAGCAGACAGACAGCAUUUUGCCUGGCAGGAGCAGAAGAAGUAAAGUGCUUGAAGAGAACAAGGGUGAAAGCAGUAGAUCACAGUUUGGUGAGCUUAAAGAACAUAGCCUGACUGAUUCACAAGUAUCACCUUCUACAACUUCAAACUCAUCACAGGGCCGAAGUAGUAGAAGUAAGAAUAAAGAGCUUAGCCAGACUGAAUCUCCCAAUAAGCAGUCUCCAUUAAGUCAAACAGAUAACACAAGGGACUCUGAUAGUCUGUCACAUAGUAGGCCUGUUAGGCGGACCAGAGUGUCUGUUGUCAGCCCUGAAGGUUCAGGCAAAAAACAAAAUGAGGAGGGCUCUCAAAGUGACUCACAAGCUGGUAUAUCUAUUUUGAAGAACAAACAUGCAGACACAUUAGUAUCUGACACAGGGGCUGAUAGCCAGUCAACUGGCAGACCAAGAAGAACAAGGAGGUCUGAGGCCACUGAUGCACAAAACAAAGAUAAGCCAGUGAUUGAAAAUGAACCAGUCAGUGAUCUGAGUCAUUCUGAUUCGCAGACAUUGACACCUGCAAAAGGCAGAUUAGGAAGACGGAGGAGAGCCGAAGAAGAAAUUAAUGCCAGCAAAGACACUCCUCCAUCAGAUGCCAUCAAUUCUGAAAGCUCACAGGCUGAGGCAAUGAGAGAGACACAAGACUCUCAAGGACGUGGCAAAUACAACACUCGCCGGUCAUCUCAAGGCUCGCUGGCGCCUCUUGAGACCUCAGAGUCUGAUAGUUCUGAUAACAGAGAAGGCCAAAGAUCUAAAAAGGCUAGAGGACAAAGAUCAUUGGCUUCUGAGGUGAUGCCAGACAAUAUGACACAUGAAAAUGUUUCUGAGAGUAAGAUGGACAAAGAAAAUGCAGAUCCAAUUGAAAUGUCUGAGAAAGAGCCAAAGGCCUGCUUAGAUGUUAGUAUGCCAUGUGAGGCCAAAGCAGAAGACAAAGAGGAGGUCUCCACAGCCAAAGAGCCAGUAAUUGAACAUUGCAUAUCUGAAACAAAAUCAACUGAACAAAAAAGUGAUGAAUUAAAAAUGGAAGUUGAUACCAUUAAGGAAAUGGGUGCUGUUCUUGAACUGAAGCCUCUGGAGGACGGAACAGUGGCAUCUUUGCAGAAUAGCCUAGUGCUACCUGAAAAAGUUGUUUUAAAGACUCCAGAAUUGCAUAGAUGCCCACAUAUUAAAAAAAUUCGUGGACGCAAGCGUUCUACCAGCUGUAACUGCCUUUUGGCCAGUAGUAGUAGUAUGCCUUCACAAGAAAAUGUUAGCAGUGAUUCUCAAGUUUGUCAAAACAUGAAAGAUAAGGUUCCUCUUGAAUUGAACAGUUUGCCAUCUGAAUCUGAACUGAGCAACAUCAAGCCUGUCUUUAUGGAAAAACAUAGUGAGACAUCUCCAGACAGUUGUCCUGUGGUUGCUAAUGAUGAGCGUUCAACAGUUUUACUUAACUCAACUGACACAGGAGUACCCACUGAAAGCCCAGAGAAAGAGCUCAGUGCAACUGGUACCCAGUUGUCUGAUAUGAAGGAAGGUUUGACCCAGGCAAAAGAAGACCAAAAUGCAGAUGAUGCAGAGAGUAAGCACCAAGGAAAGGAGCAGAAUAGCAGUACCUCAGAAAACGUUUUGGAUCGGGAGCAACUUCAAAGUUCAAGCACUCAAGGUACCUCUCAAAACCAUAGUGGGUCUAUGGGUGAUAAGAUUGAAUGCCCAGAACAGUCUGAAGCUCCUGUCAGUCAAAACAAUGCCAUUGACUUAUCUGUGAAUGAAGAUGGAGAAAAGCUUGAAAUGCCAGAGAAGGAAGACGUGCAUGGAACAGAUGGUGAUGGUGUUACACCCCUUCCAGAAGGAACUGAAUUAGAUGAUGCUCCUCGUUUAAAGGGGGAUAGUGAAGACACACAGAUAGAUGACAAAGAUAUUCAACCUGAGACUGAUCUACCCAGUGAAGAGUGUGUGCCUCUACAGAUGGUCUCAACAGAAACUUGCCUAGACUCUCCACCCAAGCAGAAGACCUCAGAUGUGAGACAUGGAGACCAAGAAGUGGGACAAAGUCCCAGUAGUAGUGGAACUCGUGGUGUAUGGUCGCCAUCUGCUUCACCAUCUACGAGCAUUCUCAAGAAAGGGCAGAAGAGACAGUUUGAAGAGGAUUCUCCUUCCCCUCUUCUGAAGUCCCGGCGAGUGUCCUUUGCGAACCCAAUUUACCAGCAGGAAUUGGCUGAUGAUAUUGAUCGUCGUAGUCCAGUAAUACGGACUAGCUCCCCAAGGUCAAAAACUGUUGGUCAACCCAAGUACAUCACAACACCAACCAAAGGCCUUUUGACACUUAGUCCCCGCAACCUUCGCAGUCCAGGGUACAAGAGUUCGAAGAAAUGCCUGAUCUCAGAAAUGAGUCAAGAACCCCGGCCCAUUCCAAAGGACUGUGUUUAUCCAGCUCUGGUCUGUUGCUCUACUCCUGUGGAGGCUGUUCUACCGCAGAUUUCCUCUCACAUGUGGCCUCGAGGCCUUGGUCAGCUUGUCCGUGCUAGGAAUAUCAAAACAGUUGGAGAUCUAAGUGCCCUUACCCCCAGUGAAAUCAAGCUGCUCCCCAUUCGCUCACCUAAGCUGUCAAAUGUGAAGAAAGCACUCAAAAACUAUCAUGAACAACAGCGAAAAGGGCGAUCUGAUGACCUGAAAGGCUUUGAUGAAAUGGAGAAAAUGACCUCUGAACCUGAAGAGAUGGAUGCAGCUCCAAAUCAAGAGGAGGAGCAGACAUCCACAGUUGCUACAGAUGCGUCAGAUGCACAAGAGGUCGUCUCUUCAGAGGUGGCGUCAGCUUCAGAGGUGUCGUCAGAUUUAUUGUCUGCUUCGGAGCAGAAACAAGAAGCACCGGUGUCUGUGGAGUUGUUGUCCGAUGUUUCUGCUUUGGGAGCUCGACUAACUACUGAGGAGCUCAGUCGCUGUUCACCGAGAGAACUGGGUCUGAUGCAUGAACAGCUCAGUGGCAUGAUGAGAAGUAUUGUGGAUCACCUUCAGUCACGUUUAGUCAAAAACCUUGAGGACAGUUUACUGUGAUGGCAAGCUGAAUUUUCACCCUGAGCCUUCUUCAUGGAACAUUUGUGCUUCAGUGUCUGGUUGUUAGCUGUGGACUACUUGGUUUUUUAGUGAAUAUUUUAUCAGUAUCUUUCCUAGACUGAUGGCAGAAUUUCUGUAAAUACUUUCAUGGAACAGCUAUUGUUUUUAUGCCCUUUUAUGGCAUCAUACGGAAUGAUAGCCUGACUUUUGGUUUUAUGGGACUUAAAUAAAAGCAGACCAGGAUGCAGAUGGCACUUUUUAUAUUAAAGUACUGAUUAAAUAAAGGAAUGAAUGAGUAAGUAUUGUUUAUCACACAGUCUCACAGCUUACCAUACCAGAAUACACUGAUUGACAAAGCUGUUGUAGUCACUUGGGUUAUAUUCAUGGUGAAAGUCACCCUUGACGAUCACUUGUGUUUUAGCAGUCUGAUCCUUGACACGUGCUAUUUUCUGUCAUGUCUGGACAGUAAAGUUCAUUUUAGAUCUCUUAUGAUAAAUUGACUUCACCACAUUAUUCAUUAUCUUAAAAUCUGUUGCACAAAACCAACAUUUACAGAACGGUAAAUUUUAUUGUACAUAAACUAAAAUGAAUAGGUAGCACAUGCAUGCAUUGAAGGGAACUAUGUGAAUGUUCAGCAUCUCUGCUGUUGUAACACACUUCUGUGAUGUAUAGUCUAUGGUGUACCUGACUUUUCUUUCCUGUUUUUCUUCCUUUUUUUUUCU